AUGGAGACGACGGCUUCUGUUGAGACCCAGGGCUUAAACGGGCAAUCCUCUGAGACUCUACGCAUCAGACAAUACAUGCCAACCACGGAGACUCUGAGACACAGCUCGAAUGGCUAUUCAUCCGAGACCCUGCAAAUCAAGCAAUACAUGCCACCUACACGGACCCAAUCAAAUGGCAACGCACAAUCACCGCAGAUUCCUUCACAUCAGUCGUUACCUGAAUCCCCUGCCAAACAUCCGCGGAGCGCACGCCAGAGCGGUGACGCAGAGUGCCACACUGGGAUGGAACGUUCAGAUUCGCAGGAGGGUUCAUACAUCAACUUUAGGAUAUCCAAGAAGGUCACAGACAGUGGACUAGAUGAUGGAUUACUGAGCACUGAGACGGAUACGAACACUAGCACACCUAAUGAAUCUAUGACCUCUGCCUCUUUAUUGUCCUCCGCCAAUCCAAAAAAAUCCGCGUCGCCUUUGAAUCCUGUCCAUUCGUUUCCAUCUACCUCGUCCUUCGGGUCCCCAUCCUAUGUGAUUGACAGCAAGAACGAUCUUGCCAGGUUCCGUCCGAAAUCGUCCAUCCCAUCGGGCCUGUCUGCUGCAGCAUACGGCCAGCAAUGUGUUGCAGCGGCGUAUGCUUCUCGCCUCAAUCCUUAUGCUUUGCAUCCAAACGAGCAGGAAGCUUUACAAGAUCAUCUGUGUCAUCUGCAUGUGACAGUGUACCUAAACAUACGCAAUCGGAUUCUUCGACUCUGGACUCGGAAUCCGCUAGUCAGCGUUUCCAAGGACGAGGCUCUCGGAUGCGCCAAGGACUACCGUUGGAUGAAUCUUGCUUCAUUUGCAUAUGAAUGGCUGCUUCGGAAUGGCUACAUCAACUUUGGAUGUGUCGAGAUUCCCCUACCUCCAGCUCCUGCCGUUCCCGCCAAACCAGGGCGGAAAAAGGACGGCCCUGUGGUCGUGGUAAUCGGUGCUGGUAUGGCAGGACUAGGUUGUGCGAGGCACCUGGAAGGCCUUUUCAACCAAUACCACGAUACCAUAUCCAGUGAGCCACGCGUAGUGGUAUUGGAAGGACGACGUAGGAUUGGCGGCCGGAUCUAUUCACAUCCUCUGCAAAGUCUCAAGACGUCUGACCUACCAUCUGGACUCGUUCCUAAGGCUGAGAUGGGCGCACAUAUUAUCGUGGGAUUUGACCAUGGCAAUCCGAUGGAUCCAAUUAUUCGCGGUCAACUGGCUCUUCCGUAUCACUUACUACGCGAUCUCUCGACGCUCUACGACAUUGAUGGCACACCGACAGAUGAAGUGCAGGAUGCUAUGGUCGAGAGUCUCUACAACAACGUAUUCGAUCGUUCUGGGCUCUAUCGUCACAAAUCCGUAAUCUCGCGGACUGCUGAAGGCGAUCGAGAAUUGAUCGAUUCAGGCCGUGAUCUGACAGUAAGCGACGGUCUAACGGUACGACAGUACGAGGAAGCCAGGGCUGCAGGUACUGUCGGGUUAUUAAAACCAAAUAAACGAGUCCGUCGAGGCGUGGGUCACAAGACGGCAGAUAUCAAGACCAAGGUUGCUCCCGUCGCAGAUCUCGGCCCUGCAGAAGAACAACCUGCUGCUCUGACCUGUCAAACUAUGGGAUGGAAGCUGAACGCCGGGAUUUCCGUGAACACGACGCUAGAUUUGGACCCCGUCGCAAAGGCUUCAGAUCAGCAAACGUUGGGUGCUGUACUGGAUGAAGGUGUCAGGCAGUACCAGCGCAUGCUUCCGCUUACCCCUAAGGACAUGAGAUUGUACAACUGGCAUUUUGCGAAUCUGGAGUACGCAAAUGCCGCGAACGCGGGUCAGCUCAGUCUUUCUGGUUGGGAUCAGGAUGUGGGGAACGAGUUCGAUGGUGAACACUCUCAAGUGAUCGGUGGUUAUCAGCAGGUGCCGUAUGGGCUAUUUUCCUUGCCUUACAAACUUGACAUCCGCACGAACAAGAAUGUCUCCAAGAUUCUUUAUGACACAACCGGCACUCGUCAAGGGAAAACGGUCGUCCAAUGCGAAGACGGCGAAGUUAUCCAAGCAGACAGGGUGGUGUUCACCGGUUCUCUUGGGAUUCUGAAAAGCCAGAACAUUGAAUUCUCUCCUCCUCUUCCUGACUGGAAGCUUGGAGCGAUUGAACGGCUUGGAUUUGGCCUCUUGAACAAGGUGAUCCUGGUAUUCAACCAGCCAUUCUGGGAUACAGAGCGGGAUAUGUUUGGACUUCUACGUGAGCCUACGAACCCUGAAAGCUUGAAGCAUGAAGACUACGCGGCCAAUCGAGGACGGUUUUACUUGUUCUGGAACUGUCUGAAGACAACGGGUUUACCGGUUCUCAUUGGUCUGAUGUCUGGAGAUGCAGCACACCAGGCCGAGUGUAUCCCGGACGCAGAAAUCGUGACUGAAGUUACCAGUCAGCUCCGCAACGUCUUCAAGGAUGUAGCGGUUCCUGACCCGCUGGAGACGAUCGUUACGCGAUGGGGCACGGAUAAGUUUACCAGAGGCAGUUACUCUUUUGUUCCUCCCCAGUCACUUCCUGGAGAUUAUGACUUGAUGGCCACACCGGUUGGGAAUCUACAUUUUGCUGGUGAAGCCACCUGCGGCACGCACCCUGCGACUGUUCACGGAGCGUACCUCUCAGGAUUGCGCGCCGCAUCCGAAGUCAUCAACACCAUCACUGGCCCAAUCGAGAUCCCACAGCCACUCGUCCCAGAAAAAGGCAGUGUCAGCAACACCCCCGUCACAACAGGCCAGAAGCGGAAGGAACCCGCAGCGCCAACACCGUCCUCGACAGACCGACAACCACCCGCUCGAACCAACAACUCCUUCAUCCCCGCCGAAAAAGCCCUCCGCGACGCCUACAACACAGCCAUGUGGGACGCUAUCUAUGCCGAAAUCGGCCAUCCACAACCCCGUCCCGCAAAAACAGGCCUAAACCCCUUUCUCUUCUACCAGAAGGACUACUGGCUGCAAGCGCGCGAGCAGGCUGACGAUCAGAAACGUGCCACGUCCAAGAAUUGCAAUGCGAAAGCCGCGCGCGAUGAAGUCCGUCAGGUUCUGGGGCUUAUGUGGAGACAAGCGGCGGAGGAGAUUCGACGGCCGUAUCUUGAGCAGGUGGAGGUGAAUCGGCGGAUGAAUGAGAAGGCUGCGGAACGGUGGCGGCGAGAAGCGAUGGAGUGGGAGAGGAGGUCGUAUGAGGUUAAGGAUCGGUGGUGUAAGGAGAAUCCGUUUGAGAGCUGGCAGCCUGAGUCUUCUACGGCCAACGGUGCUAAUGCUUCGGUUUCAAAUCCAUCGACUAAUCCGUCUUGA